CAUCAAAGUAUAAAGUAAUUGAUCUUAGUUAUGAUGAACUCCAUGAAUUUUUUUUAAUUUUUAUUUAAACUAAACACACAAAUUAUGAAUCGAAUUCCAUCCAAUUCUGGGAAUCGGAAUCAAACAAAGCAUAUCCUAAACUCUAACAAAGUCGUCCCAUCACUCCGCCUACCAGUAUAGCCGCGCGCCUCCCCUCCCGCCGAUCGUCCCUCUGCACUUCACACUGUGAAGGUCGUUGCUGCGUCCGCUGGUCCUGGUUACUUCUUCUCUCUCCUCCUCCGCUUCCUCUCGUCCUCGUCGCUGCGUCCGGUGGUCCAUUCCUUCUGCCAUCAGGUGCUGCUCCUCGCCGGUGGUCCUUGUCAUCAAUCACGCCGCCGCCACUCCUCGCCGCCACGUCAGUCGCUGCAGGACCAACUAUUUGGGCAAUCCAAAUGCAAUAGAGGAGACUCUAGAAUCUUUGUUAUCAUGUCUUGCGACCGCUGUGGACACAGAUCCUUAGUUCGUGAUGACGUCACCGGCUUACUGGUUUGUGAAUCAUGCGGUGCUGUCCAAGAAUUCGACAACUAUGAAACUCGCACUGGUGGCAUCAAUGGUCCAGAAGGUGUGCUUAUCCGUGUCGGCACUUCAGGUACUGGUAGUGUCUUAAAUUACCGGGACAAAAAAAUCUUUGAGGCAAAUAAACUUGUGGAUGAAAUAACUUUCAAGUUGGAUUUAGUAGGCCAGAAAGUUAGUGAAAUCAAAUCCAUGAUUGAUAGAAUUACCGAAGGUGAGUUUGGGCAAGGCGAUUGGUUCCCAGUUUUGAUAGGCGCUUGUGCUUAUGUUGUAGUUAGGAGUGAUAACAAGUCUUUGUCUAUUGCAGAGAUUGGUAAUGUAAUUGGUUGUGACGUUCAUGAAUUGGGCAGAAUGAUAAUGCGGGUUGUUGAUCAUUUGAAUAUAAAGUUGCCUGAGUUUGAUAUAGUGAGAUCUUUUGAGAAGGUAGUGAGAAACUUGUCAAAUUUGGGAAGGGUUGACAGCAAUAAAGUUGAGAGAAUGCGAGAACAAGGGGUGUUUUUGAUACAGUGUGCAAUAAAAUGGUUUUUGACUACAGGAAGAAGGCCAUUGCCAAUUGUGGCAGCAGUUUUGGUGUUGGUAGCAGAGUUGAAUGGGGUUGAGAAUGUGAAGAUUGAGGAAGUGGCAAGGGAAGUGCAUGCAACUGUGUCCACUUGUAGGUUGAGGUAUAAGGAGUUGUUAGAGGCGCUUGUGAAAGUGGCUCAGGCAUUGCCAUGGGGGAAAGAUGUGACAAUGAAGAACAUUGUGAAAAACGUGCCUUUUGUGAUACGUUAUAUGGAGAUGAAAACGAAGGCAAAAUGUGGUGGGAAGGAGGCCAGGUUGGAGUGUGUUGGAUUUGAUUUGAGGGAAGUGGUUAAUCAUUGUUUGAGGAAGGAUGUUGAGUAUGGCGUUGAGCAGGAUCAUGUGGAAUAUGAUGAUUCUCAGUAUUUUGAGCUAAAAAAUGGCAGUGGCAUGAAUGAAGUUGGUGAUAGUGAUGUGUAUAAUAUUCAGCUUUCACAUGAGUGUUUGUCCAUGGUUUAUAACAAUUUCUUGGACGAGGGGGGUAGCAGUAAAUGUGCUCGAGAAAAUGGAAGGGUGCAUAGGAGGAAAAGCAAUUUGAAGCUUGAGCUUCAUCCAACAGAAUGGUGGAAUGGGAAAUCAGAAUUGAGCAAGAAGCUCCUUUUGAAGGAAAUAUUGGAGAAAGAUGUGGGGUUAAAUCCUAUGCCUCCAUCUUUUGUUAAUGGUCAUUUGGCGGUUGAGAGGAGGAGAGCAAGGAUACGUGCUGCAAAGCUGCGCAUUGAAAGGAUUAUGCACCCAAGGAAUGCUCUUUCAGGAGAUAGUAGUGACUGUUGUGUUCUAGAAGAUUCACGUGCUCGGAAGAGGAAAGUGAAAACAAGCACAAAAGGAAUUGAUUGGGAGGAUUUUAUCAUUGAGACCCUCCUUCUUCAUAAGGUGAAAGAGGAGGAAAUUGAGAAGGGGCACUACAAUACCUUGAUGGACUUACAUGUGUUCAAUUCUGGGAUAUUAUAAAAGGCUUCUGCAUGGGAGACAGAACAAUUAAAUUAUUUAAAAUUUUUGUCUUAGCAGUGAGAAUAUUUUUUGAAGGUAAAAUUCAUAAAGGCACAGAUUUUUUUAUUGAUAUUUAGUUUUUUACUGAUUGGAUAUUUUGUUUAUAUACAACAACAUUAACACCAACGUCCAAGAGUUUUUUCCUCUCUAUCCAAUUCUAGUUUAGCUACAAAAUAUAGACAUCUAAGGUAUCAUGUUUCGUUCUAUAUGAAAAUUUUCCUUUUAGUUUGGCUA